AUGUCAGCUACUUUCGACUUCAUCAUUGUCGGCGGUAGGCACCUCCCAAAUAUUUGUGACUUGAUGAGCCACUCGUUGAUGAAUACCAGCGGGUGCUUCAGGGUGUGUGGUCGCUUCUAGAAUCGCAGACACCGGAUCCCAGCCAUCGGUUCUCCUCAUCGAAGCCGGAGGCUCAAACAAGAAUGUUGCGCAGUUAUCUGGAGAGGAACGAUUCGAAGUCGCGUUCAGCCCAAAUUCACCUCUCAACUGGAAUUAUAAGACAGUUCCACAAAACCAUUUGACAGGCCAAGAGAUUGAUUAUUCAAGAAGGAAGGGAUUGGGAGGGAGCACCGCCAUCAAUUUUUGCGGUUGGGCGGUCGGCCCACGAGAUGAUUAUGAUGAGUGGGCAAGAAUUGUGAAAGAUGAUGCUUUCAAAUGGUACAACGCAAAGCGGUGUUUAAGGAAAAUUGAAAACUUUCAUCCCGAGAUUCCAAUUCCUGAAUUGAGGGAAUACAUAGAUCCAAAUAUUGGAGGUACGGAGAGUCACUUGACUGCUAUCUGACCCUGAACAAACAAUACUAAUCAUCCUUAGAUCAUAGCGCCUCUGGAAUGAUUGAUCUCACAUACGGAGAUUCGUGGAUACCAGAUGUAGGGGACAUCUUCAAAGCCAUAGAAGAGUCAGGAUUGCGUACGAACAAGGAUAUUAAUUCUGGUGAUCCAAUUGGUAUGGGAAUGUCGAAUGUGUGCAUCCACAAAGGCGAGAGAAUCACCUCAGCAAGUUCAUACUUGAGGAACAAACCCUCGAACCUUAAAAUUCUCACAGAUAGUGGUGUUACUCGCAUAAUCUUUGAGAGCAAAAGAGCGAUCGGUGUCCAAACGAUCGAUGGGAAGACUAUUUUGGCAAGAAAAGAAGUAAUCGUCAGCGGAGGGCCCUGAAUACGCCACAGAUCUUGAUGCUUUCUGGCGUUGGCCUGUGAGGGUUGAAACCCAUGAUGGAGGCUCGGGCCACGCCCUCGCUAAGCACUGACCAAAGUCCCCGCUCAGCACUGGCCAUUCCCCCACUGCCAAGCAAGUCUCUGCUGUUCCAUACUUUUCUGUUCUAUUCUUUUGACAUCAUGUAUUCGUUAGGCAGCUUCCUGGAAUAUUCCAGAGACUCUUCCUCUCUCUAUAUAUAGAGGAAGAGCUUGCAUGUAUGUAGUCUUCACGCACUUCUUAAUUGAAUAUUCGAAACCACACCUUUGAGCUAUUCGAGGUCUGGCCUCUCACAUGGCCCAACAGAAGAAUUGGAGAAACAUGGGAUCCCAAGUGUGCAUGAGCUACCAAUGCUGGGUAAGACGCUCCAGGACCAUUGCUUCUCGUCUGUAGGAAUUGUCAUGAAGGCCAAGAGCCGCGACCAGAUUCAACCUCACUUGCAGAACCCAACUCCAAUGGGAUGGUUCAAGCUCCCGAGCGUUCAAGCAUCGAAUGAAUAUAGAGCACUUCCUCUGCCGAAAAGGCAGUUCCUUCAAGCCUCCACGGUUCCAUUAAUUGAGAUCGCCAAGGUAUGUUUCAAUCGCAUUCGUGCUGGACAAGAAUGUUUGCUAAAAGAUUACCGAAGCACAUCCCACCUUCACUGGUUUCGUACGAGAUGUCACCAGAUACCCGCUUUCUUGGUGCAAUGUGUCUCCUGAUGAAUCCCCAGAGCCUUGGAACCGUCGUACUUCAGUCUGCAGACCCGAGUAUCGCGCCCAAGAUCGACCCGCAGUUCCUCACACAUGGUUAUGACCGUCGGGUGAUGAUUGAGGGGGUUCGAGAGGCCAUGCGAGUUCUUUCUGCGCCUGUAUAUGCGGUUGACACGAUCGACAAAGUCGGCCCCACGGACGAUUCAGAUGAGGAGAUAUGGGUAGGCUGAGUCCUGGAUGCUCUUUCGCCGCAGCGAGUUGUACUGAUUCGCAAUGACAGAAACAUAUCCGAGGUAACCUAUUUAGCUCGUGGCAUAUGUCUUAUACAGCUCGGAUGGGGACCCCGAUCGACUCAGCCUGCGUCGACUCGUCCUUUCGCAUAUUUGGGUUGCAGAGCUGUAGGGCGAUUGACUUGAGCGUCUGUCCAUUCGUGCCCAAGUGCCCCUCGCCUAUGUAAAGAGUUCUCUUCGUCUCGCAAUACAUUUCUGACUGCAAAGUAGCAACCAUACGCAAUCGACGGCAUAUGUCAUUGCAGAGAUGGCGGCGGAGAAGUUGAUCGCAGAAUAUGGUUUGCAGUCGCGGAAAGAAGGAUCGAUGAAGCUGGUGACGAAGCUCUGAGCAGAACGACAUGUAAUAUUCAUAUAUACAUGUCCAUGAAACAACUCUGCAGAAGAGUAUAUAUACAAGUAUAUAGAGCUUUGAAAAUGUACAUAUCGUGAAAGAAAGACACUUCGGUCUUCUAUGGUUGGGACCGUUGGGGAUGUCGACGAUGUCUUGGUGAAAGCGAUCGGCGGUACCGAGGUCAAUAGUCAGUGCGCGUUCCUACUGCGCCAUCGCUUAUUAAGCGUACUCGUACUUGCAAGCUCUUUCGGAGUUACCUGAAGAGUCCAAAUAUCGGACUUAACCACCAACGCGUUACGCUUAUCUCCCGAGUCCCGUCCUCAUCCUCUCAAUGCCUCUCUCGCCUCUCCUCGCUUGAUCCCCCCCGACCAGGUUCUCCAUCCAUCCAACCACCUGCAGAUUCUCCACGCCCAGUUGGAAAUAUCUCCAUAUCCACUCUUGUGCAUUCUGGUAUUGUUUGGCUGGACCGAGUCUACCGAGUCUACCGAGUCUUCCUCCGUCUUCCGUAACAUGCCUGUGGUGCUGUGCAAUAAUGCAGUGCGCCUGGACAUGGUAAUCCAUACAGUACACCGUAUAUAUUCAUAUCAUCCCCUGCCGGCCCGUGGGAGAUGGAUGCUCUCACGACCACCACUGAUGUCAGCUCUCGUACCGACCGAUGGAGGGGACUAGCAGCAAUACCACACAUAGUCGACGUAUUCCGCUAGAGAAACGGAAGCGGACGGAAACAAGUUGUGACAAGUGCAAGACACGCAAACAAAAAUGCGAUCGGAUCGCCGGAAAGGAACGAUGCCGAUACUGUGAGAUUCACGGAAUCCCAUGUCAAACGACACAGCUACGCAAGAAACGGCUCUAUGGCAGUGCCGAGUCGUUGGGCGGUCGAUUGAUCUUGCUGGAGUCGCUGGUCAAAGGCCUCGUGCCAGAAGCGGAUCUGUCAAGCAAUGAUGAGAUGCAACGGUUGGGCAACUCAUUGGGGAUCCCGUUGCCCGUGGUGGAAGAGACGACGAGUGGCCAAUCCAAUGGAGAGGGCGAGAACAGCGCCAAUGCCAAUGCCAAAGCGGCCACCAGGGACGACGAGGACGAUGGAUUGUCUCUUCUCCCCGAUCAGCAGGGACAUGUCCAGUACAUUGGGCCCUCGAGCUCAUUCUCCUUCCACCUGCACCUUCGCCGGCUGAUUGGGAACAACCCGGCUCGUGAGUUUGAAAUGUUUGGGAAGAACGACGUGUCCGAGGAUGACGAGCCCGGCGAUGGAAGAGGCUCCCUCAUGAGUGACUAUCCUUCGCCAUCAGAUGCGGUGGGCGACAUUGAUGGGCCAGUCUUGGACUCCCUCAUUGAUGCCUAUUUCGAUCUGAUCCAUUCCGAUUUUCCUGUCUUGCAUGAGGCCUCCUUCCGGGAAACCUAUGAAAUGUGGUCAAGAUCAGAAUCAUCUACCGAUCCAGCCUGGCUCUGUGGAUUGCUCUGUGUGUUUAUAUUGGCCCGCCGAGUUUCCACCAUCACGAUUUCACUUGAAGCGGAAAAAAAGUGGUGGCGUCAUGUUCAAACCUUACUCCCUACUGUCUUUUUCACUUCAAAUUUAUAUACUGUGCAAACCCUCAUGCUGGCCGCCUUACAUCUCCACAACACAAGUCACCGGGAUGCCUGCUGGAAUAUUACUGGGACGGCCGUACGAAUCGCUUUUGCAAUUGGGUUGUAUCGUGACCAUGUGAAGCACAAUCAGAGUCCGCUUGGAAGGGAACUUAGAAAGCAAUUGUGGUGGACCAUGUAUGCCUUUGAGCAUAUGCAAGUAUCCUCCUACGACCGCCCCAGUGCCAUUGCAUACACCUUGAGCAUCGUGAGUCCUCCCAAUGAACGAAUUGUGGGUGUUGCUGGCCACUGCCCUCAAGACUUCAUGAAAUGGUCACAGCGGUUGGUUCUUCUACUUGGUUCUGCUUGUCGAGCCUUGAAUCCCACUGGCGCCGGUGCAUCAACAGUCGAAGAAACGCAUUCUGGCCCCCUGUCGCCGGCCGCUCAUUGCCUAAGGGAUCUAGACAAGUGGAGGGAAGCUUUGCCUGCUCACCUUAGACUCGAGGUAACCGACUCACUGGCCCCAUCUUCGCAACGUCCGCUCUUGCUGCUUCAUGUCCAGUAUUUCUACAUCAGAGUUUUGAUAGCCAGAGCGGCUCUAUUGCAUCGUGCCACAAAUUUGUCAAACCAUGCAUUAGCACCGCUUUCACAAAAUCUUCUCACAAUUUCAGAAAUCUGUAUUGACUCAGGGAGAUCACUAGCAUACAUAAUGCGGAAACUGGAUGAAAUCCACCAUUUCAAUGCCGUCACUUGGUGGGAUAUGUUUUAUACUGUUGCUGCGUCACUUGUUCUUGUCCUCGACGUUAUAUGUCAAGUAAAACAGGACAAGCCUCAGCAUCCAGCUGAUUCUCUGAAGCUUCUCCGGGACCUCGCAACCCUGACGGCCAGACAACUGCAAAAUCCCAAAGUACCAGGAUCUAUGCGUACUUGGGGGGUUAUCGUCGUCGAGGUAAGCUCUAAGGUCGAGCAAUUCGUAGCAAUGACAUUGUCUCGCACAAGCGGUGAUGCACAUUCUAUGGCAGCUUCUCACGAAACUUCUAUGCUCACAUCAAAUGAAGCAUUGGUACACAGCAGUGCAGUUCAUAAAGCCACUUAUGCCUACUUCAACUCACCCCGAGAAAAUGCACCACAGUUCUGGACGUUCGCUGAGGACUCGGACGGCCAUUUCCAGGAUUGGUGUUGGGAUGAUAUAGGAGCGAUGCUACGAGGAGACAACUCGGCCGUGUAAUGAAUGACACGAUGAAAUUAGGAUAUAAUACAACGAGAUUUCUUCUUUGAUUUCUCCAGUUCUACUUACCCUUUCUGAACCUCGUCUUUUACUGGUGUACCCACUAGUCUCUUGAAGUCCAACUCAGCUGCCUUCAAAUCUGCUGCUAAACCAUGCCACCAUAUCUUCGGCAACCUCUCGUUGGCAUCAUCUGUAACCUUCUGCAGAUCAUGACCGAAUUUAGGAUGUGUAAGGAAAUAUCCUUCUCCUACUACCUUGCUCUCUUGCACAAUACGCUGCGCACGUGGCCGUCGAAUGGAGUCGUAUACUUGGAAUGCGACAUCUAGUUCAUCUGGACUAUUGACGAGACCGAGAAGUUUGGAAAGUAUCAACGCGUCUUCAAGUCCUUGGCCAGCUCCCGCUGCUUGACUUGGACUGGAUGCAUGGGCUGAGUCACCUAGCAGGCAAAUUCUGCCUUUAUAAUAGGUCGGUGUAUCGGAAUGGUGGAAGAGGGGCCAUUUCAUAGGCUUUGCGUACUGCUUGACUGUUAGUAGAUGCGAAGGCCUUCGCAAUAUUCGUAGCCGGGCUAGCACUUACGUCCAUCAACUUCAAAAGCCUUUUGUCAAAUCCUUCUAAAUCGGCCAUCAUCGCUUCCCUCGUCACCUCCGUGGCGACUUGUUCACCUUGCCAUGGUUUCUUGUCUUCAACAAAGACUACUACGUUCAACUCUGCGCCUUUGGAAAUUUGAUACAUCGCUACACCUUUGGAUUCCAUCAUGAACCAUUCCGCAUUUUCCGCAUGUGUCCCCAGGAUUCCUUUCGCAUUUUCCAUUGACGUUAUAGCUCGAUAGACGUAUUCGUUGCAAUAUUUUGCUGGUACCUCCUCAGGAAAUCUUGACUCUAGGACUUCUCGUCUUGUCAUUCCUUUGAUUCCAUCACAUCCAAUGACCGCAUCGACCUUUAUUCUUUCCCCAUCCCCAAAUUCGAAUUCAACUUUUGUCGAACGCUCCUGGUUCAGUGAUACGACCCUCUUGUUGAAUUUGACUGUCCCUUCCGGAAUCAAACUCUUCAUGGUAUCCAAAAGUGCCUUUCUGUGCGCGCUACUUCGAGUGAAUUCUGGAUGGCCUACCGAACCUCCCGUCCACCCAGUGAGCGCGCCAAAUCCCUCUUCAGCGCCGAGAAUCUCAAUCUGUUCAUGUAUCUUUUCAGGUGCUUUGUUUCCCACUUUUACUUCGUCGUAUAGUUGCGCGAAUCUUUCGUCCAUUAAUUCUAUUGCCUUCAUGCUAUUUGGACCUAGUCCAAUGCCUGCGCCUAUCGCAUCGCUAUCACUUCAAAGUCAGCCUUGGGAUUUUCAUUUAGAUGUGUGUUCUAGAUUGCAGGGUGCAGUAUUUCAAAUGCAGUAGGGAGUAAUCCUAGCUGUAUGUGCGUUUGGGGGGUCUGACAGAGACAGAUAAAAUGUGAUAGCUUCUUACAAUCGAGCAGCGCCCUCGUAAACAGUACAUGGCACACCCACUUUCAACAGCCCGAUCGCGAGUGCUAAACCGCCGAUACCUGAGCCUACAAUGGCCAACGAUAAUGGAGGCGAGGGCUUUGCCAUUGCAGUUUCCAAAAUCAAAAUAGAACAAAAUACUAGGAAAUGGGAACGAGUGUGGUAACGGAUUCUCGGAAUUCAGCAUUGAUGAAGUAAGUUCCCUGGUGGCGGGCGUCCUUGAUACAGUAUUUCGACAGGGAAUGAAAUUCGGA